AUGGAACAAAUGCUAUAUUUAACUGCCCCAACAAUACUAUUAUUUUCAAAUGUAAUCAUUAAAAGUCUUAGCUCGGCAAGUCACUUUAAUAACGGCAGCAUUCUUGUUAAUGGAACAAGUAUAACAUCAUGGUACCAUUUCGUAAAAACCAAUCUUUUAAAACACUACCAAACUUUAAUUGAAAUGAACGACCCAGAAGCAAGAGUACCAUUUUCAAGAAAACCAUAUGGUAUAGAAAAUCAAGUUUCAUCAAAAUCAGUCGUUCAUAUACUAAGCAACACAAGGAAAUUUAGGAUUGAUUACCACUAUAUGAUUGAGUGUAUCGAUGGGCAAUUCAUAGACAUAUCAACACUAAUUCAAAAAUAUUUUACAAAUAAAAAUUAUGAUCAAAAGAUAGAAUUAAAGAAUUUUAAAUAA